CGCGUGAUACACUACAGGAACAGAGCGGACGAUUCAUUGAGCAAAGCGCCGCCUAACAAUUAGCAAGUAGACGGAAACUGCUUUUGAUGCGCAGUUUUCAAAAUGUCUACAAGUGACUUUUACUUGCGAUAUUAUGUUGGACAUAAAGGCAAAUUCGGGCACGAAUUUUUGGAAUUUGAAUUUCGGCCGGAUGGAAAGCUGAGGUACGCGAACAACAGUAACUACAAAAAUGAUGUCAUGAUCAGGAAAGAGGCAUAUGUUCACAAGAGCGUCAUGGAGGAACUCAAAAGAAUCAUAGACGACAGCGAAAUCACCAAAGAAGACGAUGCGCUUUGGCCUCCGCCAGACCGAGUCGGCAGACAGGAGCUCGAGAUUGUGAUUGGUGAUGAGCACAUCUCGUUUACGACCUCUAAGAUUGGUUCUUUGAUUGAUGUCAACCAGUCAAAGGAUCCAGAAGGGCUCAGAGUGUUCUACUACUUGGUUCAGGACCUGAAGUGUCUGGUUUUCAGUUUAAUUGGCCUUCACUUCAAAAUCAAGCCAAUUUAAAGGAGUCUUUUUUUUUUUCAUUUUACAUCAAUUACAUUGUUUUUACUUUAAUUGAACAUGCUGUUUUAGGUUUUGUCCUCAGAACAUUUGUAAAUUUGCUUCUUGUGCAUAUGUUUUUCUCUUUUUAAUAAAUGAUUGGUUGGUCUUGA